AAUUAAAAAAAUGAAUAAUAACACAAUGCAUCAUAAAAUGUGGAUGUAUUUCCACACAGAUUUAAAUGAUACUUUACUUUUAUCAUGCUGGACGAUUAACACGGCAUUAGGAAUGUUUGGUGCAUGUAUAGGCCUUUAUUUAACUGCCUUCUUUUUCGAGUUUCUAAAAUGGCUUCGUUUAAUAUUGGAACAAAGAAAAGAAAAAAUAAAUGGUCCAAAUCGUCGUUAUGUCGAUUCACUUCUAAGUUCUGCCCAUUUAUGUCAAACAGCAUUAUUUAGUCUACAAUUAUUAAUAUCAUAUAUAUUAAUGCUUGCUGUUAUGACUUUCUCUGUUUGGAUGCUUUUAGCUAUUUGUUUGGGAACAGCUACAGGUUUUUGGUUAUUUGGAAGGCGUAAACCUAUAAUAAAUAAUUUAAAUGGAAAUGGACAAAUGAACCCUGAAAUUCAUUAA